UUGUGGUUCUGCCUGUUCCUGUUUCCUGCACUAACUGACGCUUUCUCAAUGAUUUGAAUCUCAGUGAGCAAUUGAUUGUAAAUUGUUGUCUGAAAAGUGUGUGGGCCGGAAUUAAAAACAGCUUCACCCAAGCUGUUGAGAAUCAGUCGAGGUCAGUGCUGAAGCUCCACAUCAUGAGGACUGGGACCUGGACCAGGAUGCAGUGCUGGAUGUGGAUCAGGAUUGGGAUUUAUAUUCACAGAUGAAGUUGAUGUGAAGAUUCAGCUUUAAACAAAGGGUCCUGGUCUCAGAUACCAUGUGGAUCAGGAGCCUUCUUUGUGCCAUGAUAUUUGCUUCUGGAACUUUGAGUCAUUUAACAACUGAUGACUCCUGGAGUUUGACGCGAGCAGAAGGAAACACACAGAUCUUGAUUUGGGAGUCCAAACAGCUGGGAAUUUGGAAGGAUAAAGAUCAGAAACGAAGGAAAAGAAACAGUGAAAAGUGCCCAAACCACCAGUACCGGGAUUCAAGAACAUCGUUCUGCUGCAGAAUGUGUCCAGCAGGCUCCUAUGUGGAAUCCUCAUGUGAGAAAGAUGGUGACCUGCCACAAUGCAAGACCUGCCCAAGCCGUACUUACCUUGCUUUUGAUAAUUACAGAAGUGAAUGUCAGAGCUGCACCAUAUGUGAUAAACAGUUGCAGACAACUAUUCAUAACUGCACUGCUACCAAUAACACUGUGUGCGGCUGCAAGGCUCACCAGUACCGGCAAUGUCACCUCAACGGCUGCAAGUUUUUCCACUGUUUGAACUGCUCCAUGUGCAGCAACAGAAAAGUCAUCAAACCCUGUUCACAGCAGGAAGAUGCUCAAUGUGGAGAGUGCUUGCCGGGAUUUUACCAGCAUGGUGACCAGUGUCAGAACUGUACUGAAAUUAAGAAUGACUCUUCCCCCAACACUUCUGGAUGCUUCAUUUCCAAGCCAUCUUAUGCCACAGUGCUGAAGUCUAUCCUAAGUGUCUUGGGAUCUCUUUUCAUUCUGUUUGUGAUGAUUCAACUUUUGCGCUGUAAAUUUCAACGUACGUGGGUUGUGGAAGAGCCAAAGACCCUGACAGUCACAGUUCCUGAGGAUGAAGAGGCAAGGAAUGAAGUGAAGGCCUUGCCAUUUGAGAUUCCAGCUCCAGAAGGGAAAUCCAGUCCUCUCAUUGACUUCCCAGUUCGGCCACUGGCAAACAACAACAUUUAUGGGACCAGCCGACAGAUAUCACAGCUCCAUUCUGAGGAACAAGUGUCCAUGCCCCUAGAUGGAAGAACCUUAUAUGAAAUCAUCAACUUGGUGCCCGUGCGGAGGUGGAAAGAACUGAUGCGUUUGCUGAAGCUGAAGGAGUGUGAUAUCGAGCGGAUUGAGAUGGACGUGACCCACUCCCGAGACCAACAGUACGAAAUGCUUCGUCAGUGGAGCCAGCAACAAACAGCCUCCAUGGAGUCCCUGUACCAGGCCUUGGAGAUCAUGAAUCUGACAGGACUAGCAGAGGAACUUAAAACCAAACUGCUCAACUACUCCAACUCUCCCUGUUAAUCCCCAGGCUGUCACCAUAUUUGGACACUGUGGACUGUGACGUUGUUCACUGUUCAGGAAAGACGACUCCAAGCGUCCUCAAUGUGAGGCCUGGUUCGUCCUGCCACUUAAAAUUAUUGGUGAAACCUGAAUUUUAGGGCAUGGAUUUAGUAACUUACUUGCACAGCAGUAUAGGAAUCUGGAGUUCCCAUUCCUGGACAAGAUGCAUGGUGUUCCAAAGGGUCAACCUUGAGGGCAGUCACCUGGGGUGAGCACUCAGUUCCUGCGCUUGGUGGAGGGAGCAGCUUAAGUGGCAGCUCCCUAUCUGAACUGUUGGUUCCAAGGACGUGGUCAGUUCCAGGGGCUGGAUCCGAUUUGGGGCUCAUUUAUCAACACUUGUUCCACUUUUUAGUCUAGAUCUUGGGAAGGAAUGGUAGUGUAGAGGGGAGAGGCAAUGGGAGUGUGGCUGAAGGUUGGAAGCUUGGCAAGGUGGUGAGAGACUUGGUAUCUUUCUGCCUGGUUCUAUGUACUGGCUUCAGUCAUAUAUGGGAGCCUUCUGGCUUUGAACCAGAGUCUCUGGUGAUUUAUCAACAUUACUGGAACUCCAGAGAUUGGAGGGGUAAUUCUCACUCCCCCUCCUAAAGCUGCCUGUGAUCAGUCAUCAGAGCAUUCAAACCACAGAAUGCAGACUCCAAGUGGUGCCUGCACUCCUGCUUUUGGGGCUGUGCAGAGGCUGGGCCUGAAAGAUUUAAGGCUCAGCUCACUGGGAAAUGUCCCAAGUGUUCCCUGUGUUUGGAUUAAUCUGUAUAUAAAUUUCAGUGGUGAUAAAUGUGACUUUAAAAAAAAGGAAGCAAAUUCCACUCUUAAUCAACACUGUGCAUUACAGCUGUUCUGAUACUGAGUGUUUUUCUGUAGCUUCUUUCACAGCCAAACUUCCCAGAGCUUUUACAGCCAAUGAAAUAAUCCAAAGAAGGGUUGGUAGGUUAACGUGGGUGUA